CAACAGUUGAACAAUCUCUUAUUCCCAGUUUUGGUUGGACAGUAAUUGAAGUUUGGUGCGCUCUCAAACAAAAUGCAAAUUAAAUUUGUUUUUAAUCAAGCACACGCUUCAAACCACAAAAAAAAACUAACAACAAAAAUAAUAACAAAACGAAAAAAAAAAGGUUUUCUAGCGGGGGUCGCUUCAGGGUCGCUUGAGUGAGCUGCUUGGCGCGUGGCCCCGGCCACCGGCAAAGCAAAUCAAUUAAAGGGCCGCAUUUCGAACACACAAAGCGCAUUUUGUUGACCUCUAAGUCCAAAAAUCAAUUGGCUGCUGUCCACUCAACAGACUCAGGGGUCAAGAUAAUGCAUAGAUAAAGACGAAACGUGAUCAAAGCUCCAUCAAUUCUUCAAGCUGCGUGCAUCCACAGACCGCAAGAAACCGGUCGGCGUAGCCAGUGAUUGGAUCUAUAGAUCACAGCCGGACGGCAGAGACAAGCGAAGAGCGAGGCAGCUGGGGCCGAUCAAGUUCAAAGUCAUUUGACAGCUUCCGUCGCCGCUGGCAGUGACAGAUCGGCGAUCUUCACAUUAGCUAACAUAUAUAAGGUGUUGCAUUCACCAAGAGCCACAGCACAUUGCGUCUACCCAUCGUAGCACAAACAUCAAGACAUUAUGAAAUUCGUGAUCAUUGCCGUUGCCUUCCUGGCCUGCGCCUUCGCCGAUGUUUCGGAACUAGCCCAGCCCGGCUAUGACUACCCACAGCCGGCACUACCAGCGCCCGCACCCGUGGAGACCUACGUUCCGCCCGCACCCCCAGCACCACCAGCGCCCGAGUACAUUCCACCGGCACCAGCUGCACCGCUGCCGGAGUACAUCCCACCCGCACCCGUGGCUGCCCCGGCUGAUGCCUACAUUCCGCCCGCCGCCGCGGAGCCCGUCUUCGAGGAGAUCGAGCAGCCCGCUCAGGAUGGCUACCGUUAUAAGACUGUGCGUCGUCGUGUCUUCCGUCACCGCAACUAAAUGUGACCCGAUCUGAAUUGGAGAGGAGUCUUGCUUGUUUUUUGUUGUUAUCGCUGGACUCGAGUGUGUUGGAAGCUGGCACCAAGCAUAUCUAGAGCGAAGAAGAUAU